AUGAAACAACUAUGCAAACACCUUUAUUUAAAAACAUUUGGGCCUAAUUAGAAUAUAUCAGUUAACAGAACCACCUACAUCAUCCUAAGUGGUAGAGUAUUAGUAACCUAAGAACUUGACUCCACCAAACCAAAGACUUUCACAGAUAUUUCGGAUAUUCAACAAUAUUCUCAAGUCUCUGAAAUGACAUUUGGAUAAUCAUUCAAUGAAUUUGGCUUACAGGAUGUUUAGAAAUCUACUGCAGUUACACUAAGACAAACAGAUGUAGCCUGUCUAGAUUUUAAAUUUAUCAUCGAGUUAAACUCAAAUAUCAAAUCGAGUGAAAAUAAUGAAAAAAUAGCAUUUCUGAAACAGCUCACCUACAUUUAACAAUUCUCCGAUAAUGAAAUUAAAUAUUUCGCAUACAAAUUAGAAGUUAUCAAACCUUAGAAAAAUGAAACAAUCUAUUAAGAAGGCGAUUAGGAAUGCGAUUGGGCAUACUUUGUUUUUAAGGGAGAAUUUUCACUCACAAAAAGAGAUGAGAACUAAACUGAACAUUAAUUGACUAGAUUAGCUGAGGGAGAAGUCUUUGGAGAAGAGAGCUUUUUGAAUUAUGAUAAAAGGUAUUUUAAUAUUAAGUGUCUUUGUGAUUCAGCAAUGUUAUUUAGAAUUUCAAAUGUAGAAUUCGAGAAGAAAGUUUGGCAAAGAGAGUCAAGGAACAUAUUAUUUCUCCUUAUUGGAGAGAAAUGGAUUUUCAGAUUGAAGAGAUUUGUUGAAUUGUCUAAAUAACCAAUUAAUACAGAAGAACUAAAAGCUCACUUAGCCUAUUUAGAAGAGAUUAGUACUUGCAAAUUGAAUUUUCAAUUAUAGGAGACUGAAUUUAAUCCCAAAAACAUUAGCAAUCAAUUAAAAUCAAAUAAAGGGAUUAAGUAAUAAAAAUCUAAAAUUCUGCCUAAUUCUUUAAUUAUCCAAAAUACCUAAUAAUUUAAUCAAUUCUUUUAACAUCAAACAUGCAAAGCGUAACAUUCAAAUAAAAAUUUAUCCUUUGAGAAAACACAUACAAAUGCAUAAACAAAGUUAGCAGAUAAUUAUCCUAAAAAUAGUGAGUAAUAACCCAAAAGAAGAGUCUUGUAGAAAAUAAUAAAUCCAAAUGUUAAAAGCACUAAAAUAUCUUCCCAUUUUAAUUUUGAACUAACAACCAAUGAAUAACCAGAAGUUCAAUUGGAUAAUUUUGUCAAAACCCAAAAUGUUGUAAAUGAUGAAGUUAUCAACUGGGGAGGUAAUUCGAGUAGAAGAAAUCAAGAACUCAAAGAAUAAUUCUACAAUGCAAUCAAAAGUUAUGCUUCUCAUGUUAAAUAUCAAAAUCUCAACUUUAUGGAAGCAUCUUCAAAUUACUCCAAGUAAUUAAACAGUGAAUAUGAACUUCUCAUGAAAAAAUAAUAAGAAAAUAUUGGGAAUUUUUUUGAACUUGAACCCAGAAGCAAAACAGAUAAUCAAUUAAGAAAAGAAUACUUUCUCAAAUAAUUAAAGAAAAUGCAAAAACGAUUAUAGGUACUUUAGAUGAUUGCUAAAGGUUACAUUACUUGUAAAUAUAAUUAGUAUGUAAAUGAGGAAGGAGAGAUAGUAGAUAUUAUAGAAAAAGUUUCAAAAGAUGAUGCUUAUGAAAUUAAGGAUGGCAAAAAAUAACUUAAAUUCAAUUUUGUUACCUCCAUCAAUUAUAAACCUGUGGAAAAACCAAAAUUUAAAGAUUUCGAUUAGCAAAUCGUUGAAUAAGAGGAAUAAAUUAGAGUUAUUUCUGAUAUAGUAUCUGGUAAACUUGACCCCGAGCAAGUGCCAUACGUCAAUGAAGAAUAUACCAAAUAGAUGUCUAUGAGAAAAAAGGCUAGUGAAGUUUUUUAGACUCCAACCCUAGUAAAAUCAUUUAGUUCCAAGCUUAGAAUCUCAUCUGCAACAUAUAAAAAGGAUCUAUCUAAAAAUAUUUUCUCGAAUGCCAUAAAGAUAAGAAAGAUGACAUGA